ACAAACCCCAAACCCUCCCCACUACGGCGGUGUCUCUUCUCUCGUGAGCGGUACUUCUUCCUCUCCCUUCCCCUCCCGGCGGUGCCCCUUCCUAUUCCUUCCCUCUCGUUGUCGCUUUCUCUCUUUCUCGCUUCCAGCAGCCGUCCGUCCCUCCUCCCUCCCUUCCUCCCCCCAGGACUCUGCUGUUAUCAGCCCGCCGCUAGCUUCCUCUGCCCCUGCUCUCUGCCUCUCUCCAUCACAAUGAGUCGCCCUCCGAUGACACCGCAAAAGAGGCGACAACCUGACUCACAAACUCAACCUCCUGCUCUACCUGAAAGCGAGCGGAUUCUCUACGAACUGAUCAAAAGCAGAAAGAACAUGGGGAUUUGGAUAGCUGACAUGAAAAGAGAAGCAGGCAUUCAGAAUAUUAUUGUUACCAAGGCUCUCAAAUCGCUCCAGAGCAAGAACCUCAUAAAAGAUGUUGUUAAUGUUCACAAUAAGUCAAGAAAAACCUUCAUGGCUGUAGAGUUUGAACCAUCGAAGGAAGUAUCUGGGGGUUCAUGGUACUCAGAUGGAAGCCUUGAUACGGAGUUCAUUAAUAUUUUGAGGAUGAUGUGCUUGAAGCAUAUUGAAGACCUUAGGAUUGCAACUAUUGAAGAUAUCCAUAAGUGCAUUGCGGCCUCUCGAAUAAUGAAGGUGGAAUGUACCAUGCAGCAGGUACUGGAGAUUGUUCGGGCAUUGGCUUUGGACAAGGAGAUCGAGGAAUUAAAGAGCACUGGAGUAGCUGAAUUUUCUAUGGUUCAAUCUGGAAAGAUUUGCUAUAGGCGCUCGAGAGGUAGACAAGGUCCCAGUGUUGGUCACUUAUCAUCGAUUCCUUGUGGAAUGUGUCCACGGAUAAGCGAGUGCACACCUGAGGGUGUUAUAUCACCAAACACCUGUGUGUAUUACAAACAAUGGCUCAAAUUGGAGUUCUAGAUUCAAAAUGGUCGUUAGAGGUCUUUGUCUAUAAUGUCAUCCGAUACUUCGAUAAGGUGAUUUUCUUCCCCCUUUUCCCUUUGCAUUUGCUACAAAUUCACUUACUAGCUUAUGUUUACAUAAUCAUAUUUUUUGUCUUCAAAGAAUGGA